CAGGGCUUAGGGCCCGGGCGGGCGGCCCCCAGGGAGCCGGCGGGAUGGCAGAGGGCAAGGCGGGCGGCGCCGCCGGCCUCUUCGCCAAGCAGGUGCAGAAGAAGCUCAGCAGGGCCCAGGAGAAGGUACUACAGAAGUUGGGGAAAACUGUGGAAACCAAAGAUGAACGGUUUGAACAAAGUGCCAGCAACUUCUACCAUCAACAGGCAGAGGGCCACAAGCUGUACAAGGACCUGAAGAACUUCAUUAGUGCAGUCAAAGUGAUGCGUGAAAGUUCAAAGAGAGUGUCAGAAACCCUGCAGGAGAUCUACAGCAGUGACUGGGACGGUCAUGAGGAGCUGAAGGCCAUCGUAGGGAAUAAUGACCUCCUUUGGGAAGACUAUGAAGAGAAGCUAGCUGACCAGGCUCUGAGGACCAUGGAAAACUAUGUAGCCCAGUUCAGCGAGGUUAAGGAAAGAAUCGCCAAGCGGGGUCGGAAACUCGUGGACUAUGACAGUGCCCGACACCACCUGGAGGCGGUGCAGAAUGCCAAAAAGAAAGAUGAGGCCAAGACUGCCAAGGCAGAGGAAGAGUUCAACAAAGCCCAGGCUGUGUUUGAAGAUCUGAACAAGGAGCUACUAGAGGAGCUGCCUGUGCUUUACAAUAGUCGUAUUGGCUGUUAUGUGACCAUCUUCCAAAACAUUUCCAACUUGAGGGAUGUCUUCUACAGGGAGAUGAGCAAGCUGAACCACAGUCUCUACGAGGUGAUGAGCAAACUGGAGAAGCAACAUUCCGACAAAGUCUUUGUGGUGAAGGGACUAUCAAGCGGCAACAGACGCUCUUUAGUCAUCUCUCCCCCAGUUCGACCAUCUGUGGUCUCCGGCCCUCUUACCUCACCUAUCAGUCCCUCUGCACUUUCCUUGAAGAGUGAGAGGGACUCCACCUCUGCAAGUGAAGAAGAGCUGGCAUCUGAUCCAGCCCAGGGAGAAGACAACUCUGAGAUCAAAGAAGAGCCCUUAAAAGAUGAGGAAACAGAGGAGGAAGAGGCUGAAGCAAGCUCCUCUGAGGAGGAAGAGCCUCUGCCAGCCUGCAAUGGCCUCACCCCGGCCCAGCCCUCUCUCACCGUUGAGGGUGGCCAGGCCCAGGAGGAAGUUCUCCCUUGCUCCGCAGCUCCAUCACCAGGCAGAGCCCUAAUCCCUUCAGAGCAGCCUUCAUCUCUCCCAGAAGUAGUCCUCCGAACCCGCACCUCCAGUGAAGGAUCUGAACAACCAAAGAAGAGAGCCUCUAUCCAGAGGGCCUCAGCACCCCCCAAUAGGCCUCCUCCACCCAGAGCCACUCCCAGCCCCAGGCCCUCCUCAGGGAACACACCCUCCAGCCCUACAGCCUCUGAACCGAAUUCACCCACCAGCCCCAGGGCCUCCCUGGGGGCUGGGACUCCAAGUCCUAGGGCCUCCUUAGAGGCCUCUCCUGAUCCACUGCCACCAGAGAAGCCAGUAAGAACUCCUGAAGCCGGAGAAAAGGAAAACACUGAGAAUCUGAACCCAGAAGAACUUUCUACAUCUCCUACCUUGAUCUCUCAGGUGUUUUCAGAGUCUGGCAAGACAGGGAAGCUGGAAGGCAAAGAAGAGAACAAUGAGCUUACGUCAGCUGACUCCCCUCAGAGCCAAGAUCUUCAGCUUCAUGUGUCUGCAGUUCCAGAAGAGAGCAACGCCAUAGCACCUGAGCCUCAAGAAGAGACUUUCUAAUAUCCAAGAAGAGGAAAAGCUGAUCAGUUCACCCAAUUCAUGAUGCCCAUUCCUUAAGAGAACAACAACUCCUGCUACUAAGAUGGAAAUGAAAUUUCUCCUGUGAAUCCUCAUAAAGAGAUGGUGAAUGAUGUAACGAACAGUACCUGCAGCAAGUCUUUGCAAUAAUCGCAAACACCAGUUUCACAUCGCCUCCCUCAGUAGAGGCUGGUGGAUACAUGAAAUAUAACUCGAUAGAAGCAAACUGAGUUUCUACCCUCGUUGAGUGGUUAGUGGGAGGGCAGGUCAGCAUCUAAGGCAAUCAUGUUUAUUUUCCAGGUAUCUACAAUGCAAAAUACACACCUCUGAAGAAGAACUGCCAAGACCUCCCCACACACACCUCCCCAGAGAAGCUCAUUGGCUAGAGGGUGUAUAGGUCAGAGGGACUGAAGAUCCAGCAUUCACUUCUAGGUUCCCAAACAAUCUGAAUGCUAGUGGUCCCUAACGACCUGGCAUUAAUGGAGGCUGAGGAGCAGACUUGGGGGGGGAGGGACGCAGGCUUGGGACAAGACACCGUUAGACUCAGGGAAUAUUUAAUGCAGGUUUUAGUAUUGUUAGAAUAGUAAGACUUUAUAUAUUAAUUAAAGUGGGGCUAAAAUGGCUAUAAAAAGCAAAAGCAUCUGUAGACACAGACAGUUGUCCACACAGAGACACACACCACACAUAACUCAGAGAAUAGUGAACAAAUCUUUGACUUACCACUCAUUUUGCAAGACUUAAAGAACAGAUUUUCAGAUUGUUGAAUAAACUGUUAUUCUACGUGUG